GCGCGCGCUCUCGGUCCCGCCCCGCCCCCUCUCUCCUCUUUUCCUGGCGGAUACGGCGCAAGCGAAGCUUCUUACCCCCAACUACCGUUGGUCGGCCGUGGCUCCCGGCUGUGUCCCGGGACUAGGACGUGGACCCAGGAGCUCUCAGAGCAUUGGAGCCUUUGUCAGCCCCUCCCAGUGAUGGAGGCAGGCUGUUAGUUUCUCCAGCAGCCGCAGAGCGACCAGGGUGGCCCAUGGAUGUGCCAGAGAGCCAGACGGGUGGCCCCACUGCAAAAAUGUACCUCUGGGAUCAGCUGGAGGAGGGCAGUGUGGGGACGCUGCUGAGCUUGGAGGAGCAAAUACUCAACUCUACGUUCGAAGCUUGUGACACCCAAAGGACAGGCAUUGUGGCUGUGACCCAUGUACUAGCCUACCUGGAGGCUGUGACGGGACAGGACCCCCAGGAUGCACGCCUCCAAACACUGGCCUGCAACCUGGACCCCAAUGGGGAGGGCCCUCAGGCCACUGUGGACUUGGACACCUUCCUGGCCGUCAUGCGGGACUGGAUCGCUGCCUGUCAGUUGGAUGGGGGAUUAGAGUUGGAAGAGGAGACAGCCUUCGAGGGGGCCCUGACCUCCCAGCAACUGCCAUCUGGAUGCCCAGAAGCCGAGGAGCCAGCCAACCUGGAGAGCUUCGGAGGCGAAGACCCCAGACCUGAGCUGCCCACCACCGCUGACCUGCUGAGCAGCCUGGAGGACCUGGAGCUCAGCAACCGCAGGUUGGCCGGGGAGAACGCCAAGCUCCAGCGCAGCGUGGAGACGGCCGAGGAGGGGUCUGCGCACCUGGGGGAGGAGAUCUCGGCCCUGCGCAAGCAGCUUCGCAGUACCCAGCAGGCUCUGCAGUGUGCCAAGGCUGUGGAUGAGGAGCUGGAGGACCUGAAGACUCUGGCCAAGAACCUGGAGGAACAGAAUCGCAGCCUCCUGGCCCAGGCCCGGCAGACGGAGAAGGAGCAGCAGCAUCUGGUGGCCGAGAUGGAGACUCUGCAGGAGGAGAACGGGAAGCUACUGGCUGAGCGGAAUGGAGUCAAAAGGAGGAGCGAGGAGCUGGCCACGGAGAAGGAGGCUUUGAAGCGGCAGCUCUAUGAGUGUGAAUGCCUCAUUUGCCAACGAGAUGAUGUCCUCUCGGAGCGCACUCGCCACGUGGAGAGUCUGGCCAAGACGUUGGAGGAGUACAGAACGACGACCCAGGAACUGAGGCUGGAAAUCUCACACCUGGAGGAACAGCUGAGUCAGACCCAUGAGGGGCCGGAUGAGCUACCGGAAGGGGCCCAGGUGAGAAGAGUGGGCUGGACCAGGCUGCUGCCCCCAUCACUGGGCGUGGAGAUCGAGGCCAUUCGGCAGAAACAGCUUCUCCUCUGCCAGAAACAAGAAGUGGCAGCUGCCGCUCUCGCCAGCCCUCUGUGUGGCGUGUGGCAGUGGGAGGAGGUCAUCAUUGAGACGGAUGAGGAAGUGGAAUUUCCGCCUGAAGCCCCAACUGGGGCACAGAGAAACUUGCAGGGAGAACCAGUGUGCCCUCAGGGAGGAAGGAAGGAGCGAUCGAUGUGGUUGCCCAGAAGAGAGGAAGAGGAGGAAGCAGAGCCCCAGAUCACGGCCAAUUUCCCCAGCCUUCUGGGGGACCCUCACCCUGAAGAUGUUCCAGGAAGCCCUCCUGAGAGCAGCCCUGCCGAGCCCAAGCCGCGGCAAGCCCUGGUGCCUGUGCGAAAAGAGCUGGUCCCAGUCGGGAGGCCAGUCUCGGGCCAGCUCUGUCUGCCCCCGCUGCAGCCCCGGCUGCUCAGAUGCACCCCGAAGCGGCUCCAGAAGGAGGGUGGCCAUCACACGUUGGGGCAUUGCCCCCUGUUGAGACAGCACCAGCCACCCCCCGCCCCGGGGCCCUCCGGAAGAACCGGACUGCCUCCCACCAGGGUCGCUCGGCCCCCGCUGACCCCGGCACCCCUCCUGGGCCUGCUGCUGCUCCUGCUGUUCUCCCUCCUGCUUCUGGGCCGGUCCCCGCCCCCCACCUGGCCCCACCUCCAGCUCUGCUACCUCCAGCCGCCCCCUGUGUGAGCCGCUCAGAGCAAGUCCAGUCAAGAGAAUUCCCCGGGAAUCCCACUGUUGUUACCACUGUUGUGCCACCUUGAGCUGAGAGGAACCCGGUGUGGGGACCCCAGAUACAGUGCUCCAGGAUCCACACCCCUGUAUUGGGUUUUUCUGUUAAGUCUUUCGGUUCUUUUUUUAACAUUGGUGACUACAUUUCUGAGCAAUAGCAAAACACACCCAAUAAUGGAUUAAACACUAAGGGUUUAUUUUCCUCCUAAAACAAGUUUGGAGGAGGACAGCUGUGGGCCCACAGCUCGAGUCUCCGCAGCCUGGGGUAAGAGGGAGCUAUGAUUCUCUAUGAGAUCCUCUCAGCCCUUCCCUCUGUCUCCGGAGAUGACACGCAUAGCUUCAUACGUCGCGUCUGUAGGAAGAAGGGGACGCAUCCCUUCCUUUCUUUGUAAAGAAAAGCCGUGGCCUUCCCAGAGCCAGCAGCAGACCUGUGUUUAUGUCUCAUCGGCCAGAAUUGUUUGUUGCACCACUCCUAGCUGCAAGAGAGGCCGGGAGACUGAGCACCUCUCCCCUCUCCUGGCAGAAAGAGGGAGAGGGACACGUGGGCCGGGCACACAUCACAGAUGUCCCCUGCAGUACAAACAGCCCGCAGGAAAUGGACCACUGUGCCGUUUGCUCUCUCAUUGCUUACUCUCAUCCUCGUGUCACAGUUAGACCUUAGAAGAUAAAGCUAUAGGGGCACCUGGGUGGCUCAGUCUGUUAAGUGCCUUUGGCUCAGGUCAUGAUCUCGAGGUCUC